AUGGGAGAUUUUACAAUCUCGGUGAAGCUAAAUUAUGAGAAUCUGGAGUUCGCCUCUGAGUUUUCUUUUGAGGCUUCAGCGGCACUCGCGAGAGAGUCUUCGGUUUUCGCCGGUGGUGGAUUGCGUACUACCGGUGGCGCUCGGUCUAUUGCCGGUAAAGUUUACUGCGCCGUUCUUGAGAGAACGACUGGCUGGCCAUUAGAAGAUACAAUUCUCAGAUCCGGGAAUUGGCAUGAGUUUGGAGCUGCAGGAUGGUCGCUUCAAUCACCGAAGAUAAUUGAGAUAAAAGUAUAUUACGACACCGAAACACACGCGGCAAACGAGAAGAAAACGCUACGAAACGAUCUCGAACGAUAUGACUUUCUAGACGGGGACUCGGUAAAUUUGUCUGUAUUAUCAAUUAUAUUAAAGCAGCCAAAACUUACGUAUAGCAAGCAAUCUAGAGUCGGACACAAAAGCAAGUGGAUCCUCGAUCUCAACAACAACGUUCUUUUAACUGCAGCUGGCAGAUUUUCAUCGUUUUGGGUGAACCCUGCCUUAGGAUUCCACAUCAUCUAUCUAUCUUCUUAUUUCUCCGAAUGUUCACAUGCCCCGAGCGAGCGGACUGCACAGACAUCGAACGACCCUUCCGUGGAAGGAAGCCUUCGGAAGGUCUCUAAGUCUCGAGAUUUAAGCAGCUCUGAAGAGGAAAGUGUGAGCCAUGCUAAUGCAAUCAAUAUCCAAACGAAACGAAGGGGUAAGGCGUUGAGAGUUUGCUAG